AUUUAUUUAUUAUUAUUAUUUUUGGUUGUGUAUAGAAACAAAAAGGGGUUGAUGAUACCGAUCUUCUUCUUCUUCUGCUUCUUCCAUUGUUCCACCCUCAGUUUCUGCCCUUCUUCUGACACUCAGGAUUUUUUUUUCUCUCUCCUCCUCUCAUUAGCUGUUUAGGGCAGUAAUCUCGGCAGUACAAACAUGUCUCUUUCGGGGGAUAAUAAAACCAACGGAAGAGUGCUCCGAAUCCACGAAAAUGUGGAUGAAUUGGGGAGCAAUUUGGCUGAUUACAUUGCCGAAUUGUCUGAGGUUGCGAUAAAAGAGCGAGGCGUAUUCGCCGUUGCCUUGUCUGGUGGCUCGCUCAUAUCUUUGAUGGGGAAGCUCUGCGAAGCGCCGUACAAUAAGACAGUCGAUUGGACCAAAUGGUACGUGCUAUGGGCCGAUGAGCGCGUCGUCGCCAAAAGCCACGCCGAUAGCAAUUACAAGCUCGCCAAGGAUGGAUUUCUGUCGAGGGUCCCGAUCGUCCACAGCCACGUGCACUCGAUCAACGACACGGUGACUGCCGAGCAGGCUGCGGAGGACUACGAGUUUGUGAUCAGACAACUCGUAAAGACGCGCGUGAUUAGCGUGUCCGAGACUAGCGACUGUCCGAGGUUCGACCUGAUCCUACUCGGGAUGGGGCCGGACGGGCAUGUGGCGUCACUGUUCCCGGACCACCCGGCCCUUAACGAGUGCCAGCAGUGGGUGACGUUUAUUACGGACUCGCCCAAGCCGCCCCCGGAGAGGAUCACGUUCACGUUGCCCGUAAUAAACUCUGCCUCCAGCGUCGCGGUGGUUGUUGCCGGCGGCAACAAGGCGGAGGCAGUGCGGGUGGCGGUGGAGGGUGGAGGGCCGGAGGUGCCGCCGGCGGGAAUGGUCCGGCCGGCGAAAGGGGAGGUUGUGUGGUUUUUGGACAGUGCAGCUGCAUCUAAACUUGGAGGUGCAAAAUUUUCAGAGUGAUUUGUAGUGUGGCAAUUUGGGAACUUUGUUGGUUCAUUUUGCAUUCGGAAAAAUGAAUUAUUUGAUCUAAUUAAAUGUAAUUUUGAAAUUAUAUUUUAUAUAAUUUUAUUAUAAGUAACUGGACCUUGGACCA